AAACGGGUCACGCGCGACUGUAAAGGCUCGCGAAAACCUAUCGCAACAGAAAAAAAAAACCCUAUCGCAACAGUGACGUCACAUCAAAGAGCGCCCAAAACACUCUAGCAUCCGGCCGUGAUUGGCUGAACAAAGAAGCCGACCGUCGUCUGAUUGGCCGAGAGCAGAGAACUACUGUAAACGACCGCGGACAACAACAAUAUCCAAGCCGAAAUGAGCUCAUACACACUGUAGUGAGAACAGCCGGACUGAGAAUUAGGCACACUACUGCUUGCGGCGAGACGACAAUCACUUUGACUAAAUGUCACGAAAAACGGUAUAUUUUUUCCAUUAUCUUUGGCCGACGACGUUUUCAGAUGAGCAUGACACAAUCUUAGAAAUAUGAAACUUAUAUAAAGUAGCAAUUACAGUUAUUGUUGUUGUUUGGGUGUGUCGCAUGCCAUGAGGCAAUCAACAUAUAUUGAGAAGUGGAGAAGCAACUCGUAAUCGUAUUGAAGAUAAGAAGGAAUAGCAUCUAGUGCGAUUGACAACUCCGUUCCGGAGAGACAAACACAUUCACAUAUAUUGUCCUGGAAUUCGUCCAGAUUUACAGCUCCUACAAUGGAUAAAACAUUGCAUGACCAUCAUCAAGAUGAUUCCAACACCUUUAAUGACAAAAAGAAAGGAAGAGAAGAGACAAUCAAUACCCUUGGACAACAUCAGGAUCAAACCUCGCCAAACAUUUCUCCUCGAGGGCGUGUGCGGGUCUAUUCUGAGUCUCAGGUGUAUACGGUCAGCCGCUGGCAAGAAGCAGAGCCCCAGGAUGGAGCAUCAUCGGAGGAGAACGGAGGAACGGGAGAUGGACUUCCAUUCAGAAGUCGUUCUCAAUCUGCUCCUGCUGCUCUGUGGAAAGCAAAGAAGUACGGACGGCAGCUGAGGACAAUGAGCGAUGAAUUUGAUACAUGGCUUGACAAAGGAGAGGUCAAAAGAGUGAACAGUCAGAGACAGACCUACCGAGGAUGGUUCUCGUUCCUCUGGAGUCCCAAAGAAGAGGAGGGCCGAGAAUGAAGUAGUCAUGCUUUAAGAAUGCUUUUCACACCAUUAUAACAGUUACCAAACAGAUGCUCUCAGAUGAAGGCUGGUCUGAUCACCAUCAUGGCCUUUUUAUAAUUGAUGUGCUCAAACUAGUGCCAAAACGGUCAUCUGAGAGAACGGGAAAAAUGCUGUAUCACAAAUUUACCACUGCAAAAACAUGUUUAAUUAAAGGUGUUGUCAGUGUUUCUUCAAUUUGACAAUCUUAAAAGGGACAAUCUCCUAAAAUGCUACAAUUUAAUUGACCAUUUAUCAAAAAGAUAAUUUUUUUCUGAUUAAAAAAAGAAGCUCUGUUUAAAAAACUAUUUAUUGAUAUGCAUUACGUUCAUAUUUAACAAGGAAAUGUGUUCUAUGAUGUAUUUUAUAGAUUAAUAUAUAGAUGUGCGUUUUUGUUGGUGGAGCGGUUGCUUGCAAAAUGUAAAUAUAUUUCAAGGUCUGUGACACCGGAUAAAGUUAAGUUGUGAAGUACAGGUUAGUGAUGGUAACAAUAAUAAUAAUAAUACGGGUAAAGUUAUUUCAGUUAAUUUUUGCUAUAUCUCAGGUUUGUUGGUAUUUUAAUGCCAAAAUGUUGUGAAUAACUAGUAAGCGUGGAUAAAAUAUUUAUUGUACAUAUGUAAGGUUGUCUGUAGUUUCUGUUGGAUAUUGUUCUUUUUUAUUCCAUCUGCUGGUCUUUUAUGUAAAACAACUGUCAAUUUCUGUCAAACUUAUGGGGAGGCAAAUAUGUGCAGAUCAGCCUUGCCGAUACUUUCAUUGCUUUUUUAAGCUCCA